AUGACGACGGAUGAGAAGCGUCCUUUGGAGUGCGACAUUGAGCAUGGCGGCUCUGAGGCAGACGUCGUUUCCUCCGUGACCGAGGAGACCAGCGAAGUGGCGAACCAACGGAAACACCCAAGAGAGGGCUGGGCAUCUUGGAGGUGGCCUUGUGUUCAGUCAGCCUUUAUCUUGGGAGGCCUGCUCCUUGGGUACGAUGUCAGCAACAUCGCGAACAUUCAACCUCCAAUCUACUCAGAGUUCGGAAAUGUCCACCUCCUGCCGUGGGUUGCCACUGGGUACACCGCAACGCAAGUGUGCAUGGUCCCGCUCGUCCGCAAGCUCGCGAUCCUCGGCAACGUGAAAUCGCAGAUGGUCUUGUAUACCCUGAUCUUCGUCAUUGGUGCCGCAGUCUCGGGUUCAGCGACUAGCAUCAACUCGGUCAUUGUCGGUCGCGCCAUUGCGGGUAUUGGAGGAGCCGGUAUCUACCAGCUUUGUAUUGUUAUCAACGUGCUUCUCUCGUCCCCCGCAGAGUUGCCUCGCCUUCAAGGUGUGAUGGCGGUUUCCUGGGCAGUUGGUCUCACCUUGGGCCCUGUCAUUGGAGGGGCCUUUGCUGAAAGCCAGAGUGCCACAUGGAGAUGGGUAAGUGAUCGCCAGCUCGUUUGCUCUAGAAAGAGGAUAGCACUGAUGCUAAUACAUACCCAGGCGAUGUAUCUCAACUUACCAAUCCUCUCCAUCAUGGCCAUACUCAACUUUGUGGCACUCCCCUCCAUCCGUCUGGCACCAGGCCUACCGAUUGUUAAAGGGCUUCGCGCCUUCGACUGGAUCGGCGUGGUACUCCAUAUGGCCGGCUUCAUCCUCUUGUGCUCCGCUCUCAUCUUCAGCGGAUCCACGUGGGCCUGGUCUUCACAUUCGGCCAUCACGGCCUGGGUGGUCGUCGGCGUCAUCUACGUCGUCUACUUUUUGCAGCAAUACUUCAGCCUCUUCACCAGCAAAGAGAACCGGAGCAUUCCAGCGGACCUUCUGAAAGACAGAACAGUUGUUCUGGUCUGCCUCGGGACGUUCGCCGCCGGAAGCUGCUACGGCAUCGCCCUCUAUUACACCCCCUUGUUCCUGGCCUUCACCAAGGGGUUGGGGCCGAUCCAGGCUGCGGUACGGCUCUUGCCCUUCAUCUUUACCUUCAUCGUCUUCACGAUCGUCAUGGCAGGCCUCAUCCCCGUCAUUGGCAGAUACGCUCCAUUCUACGUCAUCGGCGGCGUCUUGACCAUGGUAGGUGCCGGGCUUCAGUCGCAACUCACCGUCCAGAGCUCCGAGGGCCGGAUCAUGGGGGUCAGCACCCUUAUCGGCGCCGGGACCGGAUGCAUGUGGCAGACUGGCGUUGCCAUCUUGACGCAAAGCGUGCCCGCGGAUCGGCGCCUCGACGCCACGGCCCUCUUCAUCAUGGUGCAGCUGGGUGGCAUUUCCAUCACGCUCGCCCUGGCAGGCUGCAUCUUCCAGAACCUCGGCUACAGCCGCCUCCACGCCCCUCUUUCUGCACUGGGAUACAGCGAGUAUGACAUCCGCGAAGCUCUGGCGGGGCUGGAAUCCAACAUCUGGGCUACUGUAGACCGUGACGUGGUUCAGUUUGUCGUGGGGGAGGUUGCGGGUGUGAUCGCCGACCUGCAGUUCGUGAUUGUGACCUCGGGAGCCUUGGCUUUUCUGAGUGGCUGUUUCAUGAAAUGGCAAAAGUUGGACUUUGGAAGAACAAAGGAAGCCAAGUGA